AUGCCCGUCUUGUUCCUUCAUCCUCCCUCGCCGCCUCCCUUCCCUUCAGUCCUCGCGGAAGCCGCCGGCAAGACCCGGUCGCAGGCGACAACAGGCGAGGCGAGGGGCAAGGGUGCUAGGGCCAAGGCAGGGGAGGCGAGGGACAAGGCUGUUCCAACCAACAAGCGGGCGGACAGCUCCGGUGCGAGCGGAUCAACUCCGUCUGGAAAGAAACCUGCCCGCUCGCAGCAGGCGGCAGUGCAGGCGGCUGGCAGCAAGCGACAGGGGCAGCAGCAGACGAUGGGCGUGAAGCAGCACAAGUCGUUUGAUGGUCACGUGGCGGCGAACGGAACUCGUGUGGCGGGAGGGAAGGGGCACGUGAAUGGCACGAGGCACGUGAAUGGCACGAGGCACGUGAAUGGCACGAGGCAUGUGAAUGGCACGAGGCAUGUGAAUGGCACGAGGCACGUAAAUGGCACGAGGCACGUGAAUGGCACGAGGCCGAAGCGGGGUGCUGCAGCUGGUGGUGGUGUUGGUGGUGGUGGGAUGCGCAAGGAGGGCGGCGGUGCUGGUGGUGGGCGUGGCGGGCGAGGAGGCAGCGUGAUUGGUGUGGUGGGCGCGCGGAUGAGUGGCGAGCAGAUGGUGGGGUCAGCAGGCAUGGCCAAUGCCACGGGCCGCCUGGAGCUGAAGCUUGUCAACCCUCCUCUCUCUGCUCUUGCAACGCCUUCCUCUGCUGUCCACACUCCAUCUCAGCCCUCCUGGUUUGGCCCUUCCUCCUCUCCUCACACCAACUCCUUCUCCGCCUUGCCCUCCCCUUCCUCCUGUGCUGACCCUCCUGUGUUGACCCUCUCUCUUCUCUCCUCACCCCCCUUCCCCCUCCCCUUCCUCCCCAGGACGGCCACUGGCAUGGACGUGCACUACUCGCUCUCUCUCGCGCACCUCUCCUCCCCCUCCCCUCCCACCGCCGCCUCCAUCCACACAGGCUCCGCCGCCUCCCCCUCUGCCCUCCUCCUCCUCGCCUUCCCCGCCUCCGCCUGGACCAACACCACCCGCCCCUUCCAUCGCGCCUCCAACGCCACCGCUGCUGCCCCCCCUGCGGCUGCGCGCUUCAGCUACGGCGCCAGGGGCGUGUGGGGCAACGCGUCGUCCCUCUCCGCCGCUCCGGGCGGCUCUGUGGCUGCGGCUGUGAGCACCAUUCUCGCUGCCCCCGCCUCCUUCCACGCUCUCAUCGCCACCUCCGCGUUCCCCCAGGGGGCUGUGCGCGGCCAGAUGGCCAACAUGACCCGCGGGGGGAAGUAG